AUGGCGAUGGAAGCUGCGAUCCCGUUUCACUACCAGAAAAAUGUCAACGAGACCAUAUGCACCUACCGCCAGCUAGGCAAAAGCGGGCUCAAAGUCUCCGUCCCCAUCCUGGGGUGUAUGGGGUUUGGCCGGAAGGACUGGGUGUGGGACUGGGUGCUGGAGGAAGAGGAGUCGAUGAAAAUGCUCAAGGCCGCAUGGGACCGGGGCAUCAACACCUGGGAUACAGCGAAUAUAUUUUCAAACGGAGACAGCGAGAAAAUCAUCGGCAAGGCGCUGAGGAAGUAUGAGAUUCCGCGGCAUAAAGUGGUGAUCAUCACCAAAGUAUUCUGUACGGUUGGAGAGCAUGCCGAUAAUGCCAUGGCAUAUGCAGGGCCACUCAGGGGAACGAAGGAAUACGUCAAUCAGUCUGGUCUUUCUCGUCAAUCUAUCUUUCGAAAUGUCCAGGCUAGUCUCGACCGCCUGCAAACGGACUACAUCGAUGUUCUGAUGAUCCACCGCUGCGAUGACAGAGUCCCAUACGAGGAGACCAUGGAAGCCCUCAACGAUCUCGUGCGAGCAGGAAAAGUGCGGUACCUCGGGGCCAGCUCCAUGUGGACGUACCAGUUUGUCCAGAUGCAGGUUUGCGCGGAACGCCACGGCUGGACCAAGUUUAUCUGCAUGGAGAACCACUACAGUCUGCUCUACCGUGAAGAGGAGCGCGAGAUGAACAAAUUCUGCGAUCAGACCGGGGUAGGGAUCAUCCCUUGGGCCCCUCUGUGCCGGGGUUUUCUGGCCCGUCGAUUGCAGGAUAGUCUGUCUGGCACCACGGGACGAGCGCAGGACGAGCUGGUGAAUGGGUCGCGGUAUAUCGGUGUGCGUGAGGACCCCGAUCACAAGAUCAUCCGCCGGGUAGAGGAACUGGCUAAUCGGAAGGGCUGGAUGAUGGUCGAUGUGGCGCUGGCCUGGCUGAACAAGCGGGUGACCAGUCCGGUGGUGGGCAUGCGGUUGGAGAACAUGCUUGAUGAGGUGGCUGCGGCCUGUAAGAAGACUUUGACUACGGAAGAAGAGAAGUAUCUGGAGGAACUGUACCAGCCCAGGGCGAUUUCAGGACAUGCCUAG